AUGGAGCGCUUCUUGGGCUUUGUCAAGCAGAUAAGAAGAUCGAGAAGAAGAAAAGGCAAAAAGUACCGGCCAGAGGAGGAUUACCACGAGGGCUAUGAGGAUGUCUAUUAUUAUGCCUCAGAACAUUUUCGAAAUGAGAGUCCUUACACAAAAUCUGCAAACCAGGCAAAGGCACCUGAUGGAGCACUGUCUGUGAGGAGACAGAGUAUUCCAGAGGAAUUCAAGGGCUCAACAAUAGUUGAAUUAAUGAAAAAAGAAGGCACCACCCUAGGGCUCACAGUAUCGGGUGGUAUCGACAAGGAUGGGAAACCAAGAGUAUCUAACCUUCGUCAAGGAGGAAUCGCUGCUAGGAGUGACCAGCUGGAUGUAGGGGACUACAUCAAAUCUGUGAAUGGAAUCAACCUGACCAAAUUUCGCCAUGAUGAGAUCAUCAGCCUGCUCAAGAAUGUUGGUGAAAGGGUUGUGUUAGAAGUGGAAUAUGAGCUGCCUCCAGUCUCUGUACAAGGAUCAGGUCUCAUCUUUAGAACUGUGGAAGUUACUUUACAUAAAGAAGGGAACACUUUUGGAUUUGUAAUAAGAGGUGGAGCACACGAUGACAGAAAUAAAUCUCGUCCUGUAGUAAUAACAUGUGUCAGACCUGGAGGGCCUGCUGACAGAGAGGGCACAAUCAAACCUGGGGACAGGCUGCUGAGUGUUGAUGGGAUCCGACUGUUGGGAACAACCCAUGCUGAAGCCAUGAGUAUUCUGAAGCAGUGCGGGCAGGAGGCGACUCUGCUGGUGGAAUACGAUGUCUCAGUGAUGGAUUCAGUAGCAACAGCUUCUGGGCCACUGCUAGUUGAAGUUGCCAAAACUCCUGGUGCUGCUCUUGGGGUUGCACUAACUACCUCGAUGUGCUGCAACAAACAGGUCAUUGUCAUAGACAAAAUCAAAUCUGCAAGUAUUGCAGACAGAUGCGGUGCAUUACAUGUAGGAGACCAUAUUCUGUCCAUUGAUGGCACCAGCAUGGAGUACUGUACACUGGCGGAAGCAACGCAGUUUUUGGCUAAUGCAGCUGAUAAUGUCAAACUGGAGAUCCUUCCCCACCACCAGACUCGGCUAGCACUGAAAGGCCCAGAGCACGUGAAGGUUGAAAGAAGCAACAGGCAACUUACCUGGGAUUCGUGUGCCAACAGCCACAGCAGCCUCCUCACCUACCACCAUUAUAACACCUACCACCCUGACCAUUGCAGGAUGCCAGCCCUGAAAUUCCAGAAAGCGCCUCCUCAAAAAAGCCUUCCAGCUCUGGUGUCUUCAUCCUUCUCUCCUACCUCCAUGAGUGCAUACAGCCUGAGUUCCCUGAACAUGGGGACCUUACCUCGCAGCCUCUACUCCACCAGCCCACGUGGGACAAUGAUGAGGCGGAGGAUGAAAAAGAAGGACUUCAAAAGCUCCUUGUCUUUAGCCUCUAGCACUGUUGGUUUGGCUGGGCAGGUCGUCCACACAGAAACCACAGAAGUAGUGCUGACAGCUGACCCCAUAGUGGGGUUUGGGAUACAGCUCCAGGGCAGCGUGUUCGCUACCGAGACCUUGUCCUCUCCUCCCCUCAUUUCCUACAUUGAGGCUGACAGUCCUGCAGAAAGGUGUGGGGUGCUGCAAAUAGGAGACAGAAUAGUGUCAAUAAAUGGUAUCCCAACAGAAGACAGCACAUUUGAUGAGGCCAAUCAACUGCUCAGAGACUCCUCUAUCACCAACAAGGUCACUUUGGAAAUAGAAUUUGAUGUUGCAGAAUCAGUUAUACCAAGCAGUGGAACAUUUCAUGUGAAACUACCAAAGAAGCAUAAUGUGGAACUUGGCAUCACUAUAAGUUCUCCUUCAAGUAGAAAACCAGGGGACCCUCUGGUUAUUUCUGAUAUCAAGAAAGGAAGUGUUGCUCACAGAACUGGGACACUUGAACUGGGUGAUAAGUUGCUGGCAAUAGAUAAUAUUCGACUUGACAACUGCUCAAUGGAAGAUGCUGUCCAGAUCCUUCAGCACUGUGAGGACCUUGUAAAGUUAAAGAUCCGCAAAGACGAAGAUAAUUCCGAUGAACAGGAGAGCUCUGGAGCAAUUAUUUAUACUGUUGAGCUCAAGCGCUAUGGUGGGCCUCUUGGAAUUACAAUCUCUGGUACUGAAGAGCCCUUUGAUCCCAUAAUCAUUUCCAGCCUUACGAAAGGAGGAUUAGCUGAAAGGACUGGAGCAAUUCACAUAGGAGACAGAAUCCUAGCAAUAAAUAGUAGCAGUCUGAAAGGAAAACCUUUGAGUGAAGCCAUUCAUUUGUUACAGAUGGCAGGAGAAACUGUCACCUUGAAAAUCAAGAAGCAAACAGAUGGUGAGUGUGCUACCAGCCCCAAGAAAUUUUCUGUGCCUGUGGGUCACGUGAGCGAGCUGAGCGAUGCUGAAGAUGAAAGCUCUGCUGCACAGAAAUCUGGCAAGCUCUCGGACAUCUAUUCCACUGCAGUCCCAAGUGUCGACAGUGCAGUGGAGUCAUGGGAUGGCUCUGGUAUUGAUACCAGCUUUGGAAAUCAAGGACACACCUAUCAGGCUUCAGGAUACAACUUCAAUGCCUAUGAAUGGAGGAGUCCCAAGCAGGGCAGUUUGUCCCCUCCAGGCAAGCCACGGAACCACCCGUUCCAUGAUCCAGGGCUGAGUGAUGACGAGUGGGAUCGACCUGCAGCAAGCACCUUCACAGGUACCCAUGAUAACACCGAGGCUGACCAGGAGGAAAAUUUCUGGUCUCAGGCUCUGGAGGAUUUAGAGACCUGUGGCCAGUCAGGAAUUCUGAGGGAACUAGAGGACAAGGCUGACAGGCGUCUGUGUUUGAGAAACAUGACUCUCUUGGCCACAAUCAUGUCAGGAAGUACAAUGAGUUUGAAUCAUGAGAACCCACAACCUCGUAACCAGCUGGGAAGACAAGCCAGCUUCCAGGAAAGAAGUUCUGUAAGGCCACAUUACAGUCAAGCUACUCGUAGCAACACGUUGCCAUCAGAUGUGGGGAGAAAGUCCAUGGUUCUGAGAAAAUUUAAGCAAGAGAUGAAAGAAAUCAUGUCACCAACUCCUGUGGAGUUACACAAGGUAACUUUGUACAAGGACUCUGAUGGAGAAGACUUUGGGUUCAGUGUCUCAGAUGGUUUAUUGGAAAAAGGAGUGUACGUUAAAAACAUUCGACCAGCUGGCCCUGGUGAUCUGGGAGGUUUAAAACCAUAUGACAGACUGCUACAGGUAAACCACGUUCGCACCAGAGACUUUGACUGCUGUUUGGUUGUGCCCCUCAUCGCAGAAUCUGGCAAUAAGCUGGAACUGGUCAUUAGCAGAAACCCCCUGGCAUCUCAGAAAGGAAGCUCAGAACACACUUCAGGGAGUGGGGAGUGGAGCGACCCGAAUGCUGCCUUCCUUCAGCAGAGCGGACACACCAGUGUUAGCACGGAGACACGGGAUCCUACAAAUACCUUAUAGCAGAAACCACUGGAGCAGGACAUUCGGUAACAAAAGACAAUUAUGGUGCUAAAUCCACUCAAGAUUUCUCUGAGACUGAGGCUCAGAUGCUGUACAGCACUGAAAAGCACAGGAGGUCGGUUGGUCUGUCUCAAGGCUUCUAUUAAUACACGGUUACUUUAGAAAUAGUUUCAUUCUUCAUUAAGUCAAGUCAUUUUCCAUUCUAAGCAAUCUAGGAUUAGUAACAGUGAAAAAAAAUAAACACAUAAGGGCCUUUUUUUCCCCCCAAAUAAGAAACUGGGGAGAUGUUUUAAACAUGAUCUAAAUGUUCUUCUCCCUCCAGCAACAGCAGCUGUUUGAGGGAAAAACAUGGAGUUAACCUCUGCUAACAAACAGUAGUGUCCAGGCUACGCUGUUGUCAGAAAUCCUUUUCUGAGGAAGGUGCUGCUGUCUGAUGGACAAGGCAGAGUGGUUUACUGCACUGGGUUUUCCUGGGAAAUGGCUACAUCUCUGAUUUUGGAAACCUUUAUUCGCUGGCGAGAAGGGUGUGCUUAUUAGACAAAGCAGGGUUACAACAAAAUGCUUGCAGGAAGCUGCAGCUUGCAUUGAACAUUGCUCCCCACUUCAACAAACUUUGUUAGAACAUAUGUUAUUCCCUAUGCAAUGAAAUAUUUAAUGGUAUGUCUUGCAACCUGUGGGGAUUUUUAAGCAGAGACUUUUUUAGUGGGAUAAAACUUCUGACGAGGGAUUACUGAAAAGAAUGAAACUGAAAUGAGUUCACACAAAUUAGAAAGGUUUUUUUUAAAAGAAAAUGGCUUUUUUAAAAUUAUGUCAGUGGAGAUUGAUACAAAAGCUCUUUAAUGAUCCAUAAACCUGUAAACUUGUACUGUCACACAUGAGCUUUUUAAGUCAAUCAGUUUCUUGAAGGAAGAAAGGUCCUAUUUAAUAUGCUUUGUUUUCAGCCUUCUUUAUGAUAAACAUUACCCCCUGCAACACAUUUUUAGAAUAUAAAAUUGUAAAUAUGUUUUACAAACACAUCACACAAAUUGUCUCCUCUCCCCUCUUCCCCCAAGCAAUAAAAUACUGCCAGUUGCUUUAUAUGCUCACCAGCAGCUGCAUUGGUUUAUUCUGGUAUUCAAGUUGUUAUUGGUAAUUACUGUUAUUGGUGAAUAUAAAGAUACUGGAUUUGUAUAUUUGUAGAGUUUCCAUAUCUAAGCAAUCACCUUACAGAGUUGUUUCUGGUCAAUUUAAACUGUUUAAUGUAUCCCUGUUGCUGUUUCCAAUACAUAAACAAGCUCACCUGCCCUGCACACACACAAGUAUCUCUGA